AUGUUUGUUAGGAAGGAUAAAUACCAUAAACUAAAAAACGAAAAGCGUGAUUGUCAAAAUGAACUUGAAAUUUCUCAAACAAAAAUAAAAAAUCUUCGAAAUGAAAUUGAAAAUUCUCAAACUAAAAUAAUUGGUUUGCGAAAUGAACUUGAAAUUUCUCAAACGGAAAUAAAAAAUCUGCGUGAGAAUUCUGAAAAUCUACAUGAGAAUUCUCAAACAGUAAUAAGUCAUCAUAGAAAAAAAUUUGAACAGCUACGUGAGAAAUGUCUGUCAGAAAUGAAUAAACUGCGAAAUGAAAUAAGUCAUUUAAAUGAAAUUAACAAAGAAUUAAAUAGCCAGCUUGAUGAAGCACUGGAAGAAAUAAUUUCUAUCAAGAAAAAUGAUCUUCAGAAUUUGGAAUCAAGAAGAAACACAGUAAGGAGGAAUCGAGUUGGUGAUAGUUCCAGAAAUGAUCGUGCAAAUAUAGGAUUAGUUGAUGGAUUAAAUUCAGAAAUACGAAGAAACACAGUCAGGAUGAAUCGAGGUAAUAUUGAACAUGGAAAUUUUGAAUUAGUUGAUGAAUUAAAUUCAGAAAUACGAAAAAACACUGUCAGGAUGAAUCGAGGUAACAUCGAACAUGGUAAUAUAGAAAUAAUUGAAGACUCAAAAUAUAUCGAGUAG